AUGGCUUCUGCAGCUGUUCAGUUUCCUUCUCACGGCUCUCUUCCCUCAGAAAAGCCUGGAGUCCCGGUCUCCGAAAAGCCUCACCAUGUCCAGACUACGCUGAACUUCCACAAAGAGAACGAGGAUGGCUCUCCGCCAGCACCAACAUAUACUAGUAGACCAGAAACUUACGAUCGACCUUCGGUUCCUCUUACAGCCACCAUCCACGACAUCAGCGGCCAUGAGCUGGACUACAAGUUAGACAGCCAUGGAUUCCAGCUCUACUAUCAUGAAAGCCAAGAGAAAGACUUCCUGGAUGACGAGAAGAUCAAGAGGGAAUACUACACAGAAACAGAACAGCUGCUAAAAGACGCCACGGGUGCCUCCCGCAUCUUCAUCUUCGACCACACGAUCCGCCGAGCACAGACCGACGGAACCAUUGGUGCCCGGAUCCGCGGACCCGUACAACGCGUACACAUCGAUCAAUCCUACACCGCGUCCAAGAACAGAGUCUCCCACCAUCUCCCAGAUGAAGCACCCGAGCUUCUCAAGGGCCGGUACCAGAUCAUCAACGUCUGGCGUCCGAUCAAGACAAUCCUGAAAGAUCCAUUGGCUGUGGCGGAUGCACACUCAGUCCCGGAUAGUGAUCUCGUGCCCAUAGGGCUCAUAUAUCCGGACCGCGAGGGCGAGACAUAUGGUGUCAAGCCCGAUCCCAAUAUCAAAUGGUAUUACCGCUAUGGGCAGACUCCAGAUUUGGUGACACUUAUCAAAUGUUUUGAUUCCAAGCUUGACGGAAGAGCUCGUCGUGUGCCGCAUACAGCUUUUGUUAACCCGGAAACCGAGAAUGAAGCGGGAAGAGAGAGUAUUGAAGUGCGAGCAUUGGUUUUCCAUCCUGAUGACCGUGACUAG